CACUGCCAGACAAUGGAUGAUUCUCACAAUAUAACAGUUGCUCUUCGUCUUUUGGCUCCUUCUACUAAUGAAUCAGUCAAAGGAGAACCUGGUGAAGUCGUUAGACUGGAGGAAGGAGAUAAGAAAGGAGUUUUAAAAGUAACAAUAGGGGAGCUCCAGCAAGAAGAGAACGAGCCCCACCCAUCACAACAAACAAGCAACUUGAUCUUUGACGAAGUGUACUCCUGCUCUUCUGAGACUAAAGAGCAAGAUAUACACAAGGCAAGAGUCUCUCCGCUCAUUAAUAGUGUUCUUGAGGGAUUCAACGGGACAGUACUAUCACUAGGUAACCAAUCAAUGCUAGGGGAUGCAGUACAGACUCAGAAAGGGCUGAUAAUCAGAGCUGCUAGGCAGAUAUUUAACACAUUGAAAAGGCUCAAGAAAUCCGGUGUAACAGCCAAUCUUGUUGUACCAUGCACCUUUUUAAUGCUCUGUGAUGAGACACUGUACGAUCUCUUUCAUCAGCUCCCUGGAGAUAGGGUAGGAGAAAUAAGAGAGAACAAAGGCCCAGUUUUAGAAAUGAGUGAAUUGCUUGAUUGCAUUACUUCAGAGGCAAAGAGAGUAAAUGGAGUCAAGAAACUAUUGGAGCAUGGGCAGGUCAUGAUGGAAAAGUAUCUGCGAUGUCACAGCUCUGAUUCACUUCGUCACACAGUUUUCACGAUUGGCGUGAAAUAUUCAGAGUUUGGGUCUCUCUUCUCACCAAUCAGUGGUACACUCUCAUUCAUUAGCAUCAGCAAGCCUGACUUGCUUGAUGUGAAUCAAUUAUUGACCAGUCAAGAACUCCCAGCCACUGCCUGUAGCAUUAGAGAUUUCUUUGUCACAAUAAGCACACUCACACAAACCUCAUCAUUACUACCAGGCACACCUGAAUUGACUCACCGAUCAGAAGAAGCAACCUCUGAUGCAUUAAAAGGCUCCAAACUUAAACCUUUAUUAAAAGAUGCACUGGGUGGUAACUGCAAGACACUUUUAAUAUGCAAUUCACCUAGUGUAACACAUUGCAGCAGUCACGAGCAGAUUUUAAGUUCUCUCCAGUUGCUCUCGAAAGCAAGAAACAUUACCAAUAAACCAGACAAGACAGAGCUGGCAAAGAAGGCACUAAUGGAUGCUUACAUGAAAGAGUUAAGGAAGCUCUAUGGGAAUGCCCCUGGUAAAGGAGGAAGGGAAGAGGGGCAGUUAGAUGAGGUGACAAGUGAUAAUAAAGAUGCUGAAUUUGCUGCAAAGGCACUGGCAACAGCUGUCAGAGAAGGAAACGAAUCUGAAGGCAGUGACAGUGAAGAUGAUGAAACUAGCUUAGAUAAAUCAAUUGGUUCUGAGCAUACCAAAUCUGGCUCACAGAAAAAGAUGAAGAGACGUUUUACUCUCAAUAUGUUUGGAACACUGGAGUCAUCAGGCCCCCAGGAGACAACCUCGGAGGAUCUCACAAUAGAAGCAUUAGUAUCUGUAAUCCAAGAACCUGACAAAGGAGUACCAAGGGCAUUGACUGGAGCUUUGGAAGAUGUUAAAAUACACAGAGGUAAAGGAGCUGUUUUUUCUGGUGCAGAUAUCGUGACGUGGCUAGUAAAGAAUAUUGCUGGCGUUGAAAAUGAGGAAGAUGCUGAGAAAAUCGGUCAGAUUUUGCUAGACAAAGGAGCAAUUUUUCAUUCAGAAGGAGCAAGUGUAUUUUUCAAUUCAUCGUACCUCUUCUAUUAUGCAAGAGAGGCCCGUCAACUUGCUAAGCCAUUAACCCAAGAGGAAAUACAAGCACUUUUAGGUCAUGGAAGUAAGGGCCCAAAGGAACAAACGCUAACCGCCGAUCAAAGCAAUCGCAACAAAGGGAAUGAUCUUAAAUCCCCAGAAAGAGAGCAGUUCUUUAAUGUUGAGGAUACUAUUAAGCCUAUGAGCCAGAAGCUUCAACCAAUUCAUAUAUCAUCUCCAACAUCUCCUUCUCAGCCAAUAUCAGGUCCGCAUCUGCUACCUCCACUUCAAAAGUCAAAUAGCAUCAUAGAAGAGAAUGAUCCUGAACCUUCUACACUCACUGCUACACUUGUUCCUCAAAAAUUGGUGGAUUCUACUGGCUACAGUAACACGGAAGAGCCUGAUUUCCCAUCAGUAGAAGCAACACUUGUUCCACAAGCUGCCCAGCAGCCUACAUCAGAUGGACAACUAACUACAGAAGAUACAGCUUCAAGUCAUGAACAUCAAAGAAAUCAAGAACCAGAUGACAAUUAUGAUUAUCUAGAUGAUGAAAAUGCAGAUCCUAAGACACCAUCGAAUGAAACAGCUCCAAAUUUAAAAGCUUUUGAAAGAGUCCCAGAUUUACAAACAUUGGAAAGUUGUAGUGAUUAUCCACAUCCUUUACAUUAUCAAGCAGCGACAAAGAACGAUGCUGGUGUCAUAAAACACCUCAUUCACUGGUAUGGGGUGGACCAACUUGACGAUAGACACAGGACUCCGCUAAUGUUUGCUGCACUGGGCAACAAAGCUACUUCAUGCCGAACGUUACUGGAGUACGGGUCUGUUCCAGACAACAGAGAUAAAAGUGGCUUGACAGCUGUUCACAUUGCUUGCUAUCAUGGGCAUAAAGAAGCACUGGCAGUACUUGCCAGUAAAGGAGCCAACGUUGCAAUAAAAGACAAAAUGUUGCACAGUGCAUUUCAUUGGAGUGUUGUACCUCCUACUACACACUGUCUAAAAAUAGUUUUAAGAUACUCACAUAAACACAAUCUUGAAAGAGAAGAAGACAAAAAUGGUUUGACUCCUAUCCACUGGGCAAUUUUUUAUGAUCAUCCAGAGCAUUUGAAGCUGCUUUUACAAAGGUGUACUGACCUAACAAGGGUUGACAAAUGUGGACGAAAUUUUGCUAUUUAUGCCAUUCAAAACGAAAGGCUUCAAUGCCUUGAAUGCCUAUUAAAAGCUUGUCCAGUAUUUGCAGUACAUUCAGACAAGCACAAAUUGACUGCACUCCAUCAUGCUAGUGCUCUACCAUCAGCUACAUACCUACAAGCCUUACUCAACUCAAUGACAAUAGGCAAAGGACAGCAGGUUUCCCUUGACAUUCAGGACCAAUAUGGAAGGACACCAGUUCAUUAUGCUGCUUUAUAUGGUCAUAGCGAAAUAUUGAAUUUAUUAUUGAAGUAUAGUGCUGAUCGGAAUCCUAAAGACUCUUCUGGAAGGACUCCUCUUCAAUUGCGUAAAGCCUUUGGAAUGGAAGAGAACAGAGAUAUUGCUGAGUUAUUGGAAAGAGAGCUUACAGAUGGUGAUAAACAAAACAGGGAAGAGUCUGCUGUGUGUAUUAUAAUAUAAAAAUAAUAUUAAUAACUGGACAAUAAGCU